GGACCGCUGCCGUGGCCUGGAAGAAAAGGUGCUACCCAUCAUCCAGAGGAUCGAUGGCCUCAAUUCUGGUAUACAGCAAUGCCAACGACGUGUUGCACUAGGCAAGGCGAGGCAUCUGCAAACCAUGAGACGCUUACUCUUGCUCCUCCGUGUCUAUCAUGUGGUUGUCUGGCGCCAUACGGUGGAACUGAAAACGAAGCUUCGCCGGACGACUCAAGACUACACGGAAACGCUAGAGACGCUAUCCGUACUGUCUGCCGACCAUGAAUCUCUCCUGAUCGGCUACGAAGCAGCGCUCGAAGACGGCCAGGACCUCUGUCAGGAGCUUGCCUACCAGCACGACAAGCUUUGCGAAGCAGAGGACGAGAUCGCAGAAUGGCAAACCGUAGCGGAAGGCGUCUGCUUCAGCCAUACUCAAGAAAUGAACGAGUUCGAAAUGACCAAGGCUAACAUGUCGAAGACUAUCUCCGAUCUGCUGGUUUUCCUACACUUGCUCUGGUGGUUCUCGAUGGCUCUGAAGGCUGAGUUUGCGGCUCGCGGUCGCUUGGAUCGGGAGGAUAUACUGGCACUGCGGCGACGCCUAAUGCUCGUGGAGAAUGCAAACUUCGCCGUUGCGAAGGCGUUGGCAAAGUGGCGGGCCUUGUACGAGGAAAGCGAGGUGGCUCUCCAGGAAGUGGUCGAACUCUACAGCCAGCAACGUAUUACCUAUCAGGCUCACUCUAGGCAGCUCCUGACUGGCUUGCUACUUCUCUGGCGUUACUCUCGGAAUCUUGGUCAAGAACUCUUCGAUGCUCGUUUCCGGAUGUAUAUGUGCCCUGUCUCCUGCCGACGGACUAGCGAUGACGUGUCUCUGCUUCCUGCCCCGCAACCUCCCCGUGCGCUCCUACUGCCUGCCGACAGCAUGGAAGGCAUCAACGAGUCGGAUCUUACGGCUGAACAGAUACUGUCGCUACGGUUCUCUCGGACAAACAUCGCCUAUGCCUCGCUCUCCGUGCAGUACGAGCUGCUGCACACUGAGCUAGAUGACGUCUACGAAGACCUCCGGGAAGCGCAACAGGAACGCGUCGCUGAGAAGGAGAAACUGCAGGCCGACCUAAGCGACGCACGCAAGGCCAUCGAAGAGCUACGCACAGCCAGCGGGGCUGAGUCGGGGAAACUCCGCAGCGCGUUAGAUGAAGCGGAGAAGACUAUCAUGACGCUCCGUGCUGCGAAGGAUACCGCCGAGGAGGAGCUGAAGAACAAGCGUAACGAGAUGGUCCUGGCGCGCGUCACGGUCCAGCAGAUGCGCGCGGAGGUGGAAGAGACCAAGCGCAACCUCGAGAGCCGGGUCGUCGAGUGGAGCGCAUUCGCCGCUGGUUCUGGUCGGCCCAUGCUCCUCUCCGAACCUCGCGACGAUGGCGACUUUCUGGCAGCCGCUGGUCAAGGCGUCAUUCCACUCGACCGCCGGCAGUCUCCCCCGAUGUUAAUGGAGAGGCGGGACCGUACGCCUCUUCUCGACGCCCCCGAGAUGGUUACGCACCCUCCAAGCGCAUCCGCCCCGAUCGAACGCAGGAUGCCUAGCGGAAGUAGUAGCAGCAGCCAGUCCCACUCCCACCCAAGCGGGCUUGCUCUCGCGGGCUUGCAGCCGCCCAUGGUAUGCACUCCCUCGCCGUCUCACGCGGUCUCCUCCGUCAUAGGCAUGCCCGGUGCGAUCGACUUCCCCGAAACCCCAGUUCCGUUCCGCCCCAACAUCAGUCUUUACAGUGGAUCCCCUCACCCCAUCGUACAGCCACGACCUGUCUCUGCGCAACAGUCCUCGACCCUCUUCGCCCGCCCGCGGUCUCCCCGUCUUGUGAUCGAGGCGAACUCCGACUCGGACGACGAGUCCCCAGUGGCCUACGACUCGGAUAACGAGUCUCCUGUGAUCACCGACUCGGACAACGAGUUCCCUGUGGCCUCUGACCGUUCGUCCAGUCCGGAACAGGGAUACUUCACGCCGGCUUUGCAGGCUUCGGAAUUCUAACUUCGUUCAUCUCAUCUUGCCAGUCUUUUGUUCUGUCUUUCGCUUGGUCAUC